UCUGUGCCCGUUUGCAGUACGGCAUUUUUCUUGUGAACCGAGAAGUUGCGUGUUUGCGAGUCUCAAGCGGGACAAUUGAGGGGAGAAUGGCAACGGCGGGCAGGAUCGCGCGAGGAUGGCCGCUGGUGCUUUUGGCGCUCGCUGCGUGCGCGCUCGCAGCAAACGGACGGAGAGCGAAGCAGGCCCGAUGCCCCGCCGGCUGCACUUGCACCAAAGAUAACGCCCUGUGCGACAACGUCCGAGCCGUGCCUCGCGCCUUCCCAUCGGACGUGCUCUCGCUGUCUUUUGUCAAGUCCGGAUUCAACGAAAUCGCCGGGGGAAGCUUUGUGCAUACGCCUGCCUUGCAACUACUGUUGUUCACGGCCAACUCCUUUGACCUCAUCGAUGACGACGCCUUCGUCGGCCUGCCGCAUCUCGAAUAUCUAUUCAUUGAAAAUAACAAGAUUGCGACGCUCUCCCCCUUUGCAUUCCGAGGCCUGAAAUCAAUGAUCCACCUGAGUCUGGCGUACAACAACCUUGAGACGCUGCCCAAGGAUGUGUUUGAGGGCCUGGACGCUUUGACCAAAGUGGACCUGAGAGGCAACAACCUGCUGUGCGAUUGCAAACUCAAGUGGCUGGUGGAGUGGAUGCGCCACACCAACGCCACCCUGGACCAGAUCUACUGCGGCGGGCCGCCCGCCCGCCGGGGCCAGAAAAUCAACGACCUGCUGCCGCACUCCUUUGACUGCCUGGCGUCCGAGUUCGCCGCCUACCAGUCGCUGGACUUUGAGUCCAUUUCCAUUGAGGCCUUCGCCUUCGGCGAAGACCGCUACGUGGUGUUUGCGCAGCCGUUUGCCGGCACGUGCAGCUUCCUGGAAUGGGAUCAUGUCGAGAUGACCUUCCGAAGCUUCGACGCCAUCCAAAGCACGUCCACCGUGGUCUGCAAGCCCCUGGCCAUCCGCGAGCACCUUUUUGUCAUCGUGGCGCAGCUCUUCGGCGGCUCCCACAUUUACAAGCGGGACCUUUCCGCCGACAAAUUCAUCAAGAUCCAGGACAUCGACAUCGUGAAAAUCCGCAAACCCAACGACAUCGAGACCUUCGUGAUCGACGGGGAGUCCUUCUUCGUCAUCGCCGAUAGCUCCAAGGCCGGCGACACCACCAUCUACAAAUGGAACGGCAACGGCUUCUACUCCCACCAGUCCCUCCACCCGUGGCACCGAGAUACGGACGUGGAAUACUUGGAGAUCUCCAACAAGCCCCACCUGAUCUUAUGCAGCAGCUCCCAGAGGCCCGUGCUUUACCAGUGGAACAGGGCCCGCAAGAGCUUUGACCGCAGGACCGACUUACCGGAGAUGGAGGACGUCUUGGCCGUGCGACACUUCCGGUUCAAGGGUGAGCUGUUCAUUUGCCUGACGAGAUUUAUCGGCGACUCCAAGGUGAUGCGUUGGGACGGCGCCAUGUUCAAGGAGGUCCAGACCUUUCCCUCCCGCGGGUCUCUGGUUUUCCAGCCCGUCGCCGUGGGCAACUGGCAGUACGCCAUCCUGGGCAGUGAUUAUUCGCUGACGCAGAUCUACCGCUGGGACGGCGAGCGGGGCCGCUUCCUCCCGUCCCAGGAGCUGAGCAUCCAGGCGCCGCGGGGCUUUUCUCUGGUGUCGCUCGACGGGCGGGACUUCCUGAUCGCAUCCAGCUUUAAGGGGAAGUCGCAGAUAUUCGAGCAUCUCAUGAUCGAUCUUAGCCAUUAAAUCCGCCCCCCCCCCUUUGGGCUCGCCGUCUUCACCGUC